AAUAUUACAGAGUGGAGGGAGAGACAAGUUCAGGCUGCACAUGGCGACCUGGAACGUGGCCACAGCGGAGCCUCCUGAAGACGUCACCUCGUUGCUGCAGCUAGAUGUCCAGCCCCCCACAGACCUCUAUGUGAUUGGCCUGCAGGAGGUGAAUGCCACCCCUGUGAGGUUUAUCUCUGACAUGUUAAUGGAGGACUCUUGGAGCCACGUCUUUAUGAACACACUGGCACCCAGAGGCUUUGUCAAGGUCACAUCUAUAAGGAUGCAGGGUUUGCUGCUGCUGGUUUUUGCCAAACAAAUUCAUCUCCCCUACAUCAGAAACAUCCAGACCACCUACACUCGUACUGGCAUCUUUGGCUACUGGGGUAAUAAAGGAGGGGUGACCAUGCGUUUUUCCUUCUAUGGCCACAUGGUGUGCUUCCUUAAUUGCCACCUAGCAGCUCACAUGAACUACGCUCUGCAGCGUGUUGAUGAGAUUGAAUACAUCCUGGAGACACAAGAGUUUGACAUCGCUGACACCCCACAUGUCCGGGAUCACAAGUUGGUAUUCUGGUUUGGCGACCUGAACUUCCGCAUUGAAGACCACGGCUUGCAUUUCCUCCGCUCGUCCAUCAACAAGGAGCGCCUUAAUUUGCUGUGGGACAAAGACCAGCUCACCAUGAUGAAGAAGAAGGAACCCUUCCUGCAGGAAUUUGAGGAGGGGCCAUUAAAUUUUAAACCCACCUACAAAUUUGCCCGUAACUCUGAAACCUAUGAUACCAGUGGCAAGAAAAGGAAACCAGCCUGGACGGAUCGGAUUCUCUGGCGCAUCAAACCCAAAAUCCUGCCUUCAGAGGAUGAUGAUGAGAAGGCAUCGACUUCUACUGAUGAUGAGCUCGAUGAGUAUCCACUCCUGGUCACUCAGGACAAGUACACCAGUGACAUGAGCUACGGAGUCAGUGACCACAAGCCUGUCAUUGCAACCUUUAGUCUGGAGCUGAGGAAGUGCUUUGACACGCCACUGGUUCACGUAUCUCCUCUGGGUGUAUGGAGCGCCGACCAGGAUGUACUUCUUAACUACACCAUCCAAGAGGACUUCAUGUCCUCCACAUGGGACUGGAUCGGCUUGUAUAAGGUUGGAUUCAAGAGUGUGUUCGAUUAUGAAACCUUUGUUUGGGUUAGAGAGAAGGAGUUGCCAGAGAUAAAUGAAGUCAUACAGUUAUCUGUGGAUAAGAAUGAGGUGCCUCUGCUGUGUGGACAUUAUGUUUUGGGUUACUACAGUACAAACAUGCAAAGCAUCGUCGGCCUCAGUGCUGACUUCCAGAUCCUGGAGUCAAAGCGUGCCGUCAUGGAAGGUCUCGUUCCUGACAACAUCAAUGGAGUCAACGAAUAA